AGCGCCUCCCCGGUGUCCUUGCCCAGCACCACGAAGACGCGGCUGUUGGGCGGCUCGUCCAGGCACUCGGCCGACAGCCGAAAUCCGCUGCUCUCCUCCAUGGCGUGGCCGCCGCCGCCGCCGCCGCCGCCGCCCCCGCCGCCGGCACCAUGGCGGCGGACGCCGGCCUCGACGUGGCGGCGGUGGAAAGUUUCCUCGACAGACACCCGGAGCUGGUGGAGAAGUGGCUGAAGAGGAGAAACUCGGUGCCCAAGGCGCCCGCGGGCGGCCCGUCGGAGGAGCGGCGGGGCGGCCCCGGCGGCGGCGGCUGGGGCAGCGCGGGCGGCCCCGGCGGCGCGGGGCUGCAGCGGCGGGCGUCCCACAAGGAGCUGCGGAAGAGCUUCGCCCGCUCCAAGGCCAUCCACGUCAACCUCACCUACGACGAGCAUGUGCACGCCCGGGCGCAGGAGCCGCUGAGCAGCGUGCGGCGGCGGGCCCUGCUGCGGAAGGCCAGCUCCUUGCCCCCCACCACCGCGCACAUCCUCAGCGCCCUGCUCGAGUCCCGCGUCAGCCUGCCCCAGUACCCCCCGCCCGCCCUGGACUACAAGCGCUACCUCAAGGAGCACAACGAGCGGCAGUUCUUCCUGGAGCUGGUCAAGGACAUCUCCAACGACCUGGACCUCACCAGCCUCAGCUACAAGAUCCUCAUCUUCGUCUGCCUCAUGGUGGACGCCGACCGGGGCUCCCUCUUCCUCGUGGAGGGGGCGGCAGCCGGCAAGAAGAGCCUGGUCUCCAAGUUCUUCGACGUGCACGCCGGCACCCCACUGCUGCCCUGCGGCUCCACCGAGAACAGCGACGAGGUGCAGGUGCCCUGGGGCAAGGGCAUCAUCGGCUACGUGGCGGAGCACGGAGAGACGGUCAACAUCCCCGACGCCUACCAGGAUCGGCGCUUUAAUGAUGAGAUUGACAAACUCACUGGAUACAAGACCAAGUCACUCUUAUGCAUGCCCAUAAGAAACAGUGAUGGAGAAAUUAUUGGCGUUGCCCAAGCAAUAAAUAAGACUCCUGGAGGUGCCCCCUUUUCUGAUGAUGAUGAAAAAGUGAUGCAGAUGUAUCUCCCAUUCUGCGGGAUUGCCAUAUCGAAUGCCCAGCUGUUUGCAGCUUCAAGGAAGGAGUACGACAGAAGCAGGGCUUUGCUGGAAGUAGUGAAUGACCUCUUCGAAGAACAGACUGACUUAGAGAAAAUUGUCAAGAAAAUUAUGCAUCGGGCCCAAACCCUACUGAAGUGUGAAAGGUGUUCCGUAUUGCUUCUAGAAGAUAUCGAGUCACCAGUGGUGAAAUUUACAAAAUCCUUUGAGUUGUUAUCUCCAAAAUGCAGUGCUGAUACUGAAAACAGUUUCAAAGACAGUGUGGAGAAAUCAUCGUCUUACUCUGACUGGCUAAUAAAUAAUAGCAUUGCUGAGCUUGUAGCUUCCACGGGUCUCCCAGUGAAUAUCAGCGAUGCUUAUCAGGAUCCCCGCUUUGAUGCUGAAGCUGACCAGAUUUCUGGCUUUCACAUAAGGUCUGUUCUGUGUGUCCCUAUAUGGAAUAGCAACCACCAAAUAAUCGGGGUAGCUCAAGUGCUGAACAGGCUUGAUGGGAAACCCUUUGAUGAUGCUGACCAGCGACUGUUUGAGGCUUUUGUUAUUUUUUGUGGCCUCGGCAUCAACAAUACAAUUAUGUAUGACCAAGUGAAGAAAUCCUGGGCAAAACAGUCUGUGGCUCUUGAUGUGUUAUCUUAUCAUGCAACUUGUUCAAAGGCAGAAGUGGAUAAAUUUAAGGCAGCAAACAUCCCUCUGGUGUCAGAGCUUGGCAUUGAUGACAUCCAUUUUGAUGACUUCUCACUUGAUGUGGAUGCCAUGAUUACUGCAGCCCUGCGGAUGUUCAUGGAACUUGGAAUGGUUCAGAAAUUUAAAAUUGACUACGAGACGCUGUGUAGGUGGCUUUUGACGGUUAGGAAGAAUUAUCGAAUGGUUUUAUACCACAACUGGAGGCAUGCUUUUAACGUGUGUCAGCUAAUGUUUGCCAUGUUAACUACAGCAGGAUUUCAGGAGAUUUUGACUGAAAUUGAAAUUUUAGCUUUGAUUGUGGGAUGCUUAUGUCACGACCUUGACCACAGGGGAACCAACAAUGCCUUCCAAGCCAAGAGCGGAUCAGCCUUAGCUCAGCUCUACGGCACCUCUGCUACCUUGGAGCACCACCAUUUCAAUCAUGCUGUCAUGAUUCUCCAAAGUGAGGGUCACAACAUCUUUGCUAACUUGUCCUCUAAGGACUACAGUGACCUUAUGCAGCUUCUAAAGCAAUCGAUAUUGGCAACAGACCUCACUCUGUAUUUUGAGAGAAGGACUGAGUUUUUUGAACUUGUCAGUAAAGGUGGUUAUGAUUGGAAUAUAAAAAAACAUCGAGAAAUAUUUCGAUCAAUGCUAAUGACAGCCUGUGACCUUGGAGCUGUGACCAAACCGUGGGAGAUUUCAAGACAGGCGGCUGAGCUGGUAACCAGUGAGUUCUUUGAACAAGGGGACAGAGAAAGAUCUGAACUGAAGCUCACCCCAUCAGCCAUUUUUGAUCGGAACAGGAAAGAUGAACUACCCAGGUUGCAGCUCGAGUGGAUUGAUAGCAUCUGCAUGCCAUUGUAUGAGUCUCUAGUGAAGCUGAAUGCGAAACUGAAGCCUAUGCUGGACUCUGUGGCAGUAAACAGAGGUAAAUGGGAGGAGCUGCACCAAAAAAGACUUCCUUCUCAGGCAGCAUCCUCAACCUCCUUUUCCUCUAGCUUUACCGUGUCUCUCAAAGACAUAAAUUAAGCCUGCAAAUGUCAAUGUCUAUUUAUGAUAAAAGCUGUCUGAAAGGCUACCGUAAGCUUUGGCACACCAUUUUUUUUAAGAAAUGCUUUCAGAGACAUGCUUAAUUGAUCUGGUAUUAUCUUGAUGGCAGCCUAGUUUGCUUUUACUCGGAGGUUUAGUCAGUCUGAAGGGAAGGCCUGCGGGUGAGAUCGCGCUGGUUUCCGAAAUGACAUGGAAGACAGCACAAGAAGCAUUCAUUCAGCUCCGCUCCAUUUCAACUGCUGCUGUAAAAAUCUGUAAAGCUGACAACAGACUGAAAUAUAAGAACUUACAGCUUAAUAAAAUUAAUAAUACAGAGCAGAACUGGGAUGCAAGCUGGUCAAUUCACAUGCAAGGAGCUGCAGGAAAACAGAAUAGUAUGUAAUUACAUUGUUGUUUUGCAUCUCUUCAGUACAUGUUAUGAAUCAAUUAUGCCUGCUUUUGUGGUGUUCCUCUCUCACUCUUCCCUCCUCUUUUAUGCCUGGGUGUUCUGAAAAGCCUGCUUUGUAUUCUAAAGAAGUAUUUUUUUACAACAAAGCUUCUUAGUGAUUGAUCAGGGCCUUUAGAAUUGCCUACCUUUGCUACAUUUAAAAACAAACUUUAUUAUCUUUAAAAAUACCAAUCUGUCCCUGCUUCCCUGAGAAAGUCGUAUUAACAAUGCAGUAAAUUUCUCAGCAAGGGGAAGCUUGCAUAAAGGCAAAAUAUUGCAUGGUAAUUUUAGAAGGUUGUUGUUUGUUUGUUAGUUUUUAAAUACUCCUUUAACCCAUUUUUUUAAAUUACAGUGUCCCCUAAGGAAAAAAAUAAUGGGCUUCAAUGAAAAUAGAAUAAAAAUAAAAAAAGGAAAUCUGCUGCCUUAUGCUUCAGGUUUAUAUUAUAUUGAAAACUGGACCAUGGAUAAGCCUUUCUAGUAUAAUCUGCAGCUGAAAUGAUUAUUUUUGAAAUGGUGGAGAGAAAGAAUAUCGUUGGACUGACUACCUCUUCUGCAGUUCUUUCAGUACAAUUUAAGAUGGUUAUGAUUACAGCUAGUGCAGUCCUAGAGUCACACAUAGACAUCUGCGGUAGAGGGGUUCAUUAAAGUUUAAUCAAACACAAUAGGUCACAAAACCAAAUGUGUCCAGUUCUAUGUGAUGAUGCUGGUAUUACGUGAAAGUUGGUCUCCUUCCAUUCGUACAGGGAUCACUAGGGUAGCAAAACUGUGAUCUAUGAACUGAGGGUGCUUUCUCUGCUGCAUGACCGGGCACAAGAGGAGUCGUGUUGCAGUGCUUACGAGUUCCCAUUCAUGGGAGAAGAAAAGCCUUUGUACUCCAUGAAAAAUGUGAUGCUAAAUAUAGGAUUGUCUGGCAGCAGAAAUUAAAGCUGAAUUCAGCUUAGUUUUACACCUGUGACGAAGUCCACUUACUUCAUGGAGGUACCUUGAACUGACACCAGCUCUGUGGAAAUCAGAACCUGGCCCAGCAGACCAGGUGCUAUAAGGAGCCUUCCUGCUUUCCAAGGAAAGUGAGUCGUUAGCACCUUUGAAAAGCUGACUACAUCUGUCUGACAAUCAAACCGAAUCAACAAAUCUGCUGAUCACUUCCUUAAAAAGAAAAAAAGAAAAAAAAAAAAUAAUAUAAAAAAAACACAGACCAACAACAGAACAAAACCCACUGGGCUAUUAAUCAUAUGUAUAGGGGAAUAGCUGGAAAUUUCAGAAUUUCAGUACCAUUGCAAGCCAGUAUGUUACCAUGCAACUGAACCACAUCAUUUUCUCUAUCAGAAAGAAGCAGGGAAAGAGCAGGGAUCCAGACUGCACAGCAGUGAAUACACGCACCAAAUAGAAAUGUUUCUGCUAUUACUUUACCACUUCUUUCUUCCCUGAAUAAAGAUAGAUGCAGGAUAGUAAGCAGCAAGCCAUAUAAAACUUGUAACACAUGCUUUAUGGGAGAAACAGAUACUAGGAAUUGACAUAGUACUGCUGGCAGGUACACAUAGCUUUCCUGAAUUUUGAUAUUGCAUAUUGCUAAGUGUAACAUAAUUUAUAGUGCGUGCCCUCCGGCUCCCCCCAAGGUUGAGUUUCCCCUCAUUUCCUCUCCUUUUUAUUGGCUUCAGUGCACUGUUGCCCAUGGCAACACCCACCGGCAGUGAUGGGAAUUCAGCACCACCGCAACCUGACAUACAGUUGAAGCUCUAACAAUGUCAACCAUCAAUCAAGUGACUGUUUGUAAUUGCCUCCAUCUAUUUCUCCUGUCUUUUGGUAUCUUUGCUAUUGUGGGUCAAAAUUCAGAAAGUGCUGACUAAUGUUAUGGUUCCGUUCCUCCAUCACAAGGAAGAAAAUGAGAGCGCACAGUUAGAUCUUUAUCAAAUUGUUCUCAGGAAAAAUGAAGCAACCCUGCUGAAAUCACGGGGUCACACUGGUGUAUCGCAGAACAGAAUUUGAUGUCUGAAAGUGAUACAGCUCAGUCUUAAAAAUAUAUAUAUCUUAAAGCAUGCUAAAUGUUUUUUAACACAGUUAAGGCAUCAAUGAAAGACUUGUGCAUCUGAGAGAAAAAGAAAAUCCUUUAUGGAAUUCUUUGUCGGGUAAAGAAGUAUAUUCCGAGUUUCUCGUAUUUAAGAUACUGGAAAACAUUUUUUAACUAGUGCUUACUAUCCCAAGACAUACUCAGCACAGACGAGAUGACUAUGGGUUAGGAAAUCUGAAUUCUCCUUCUUUGACUUGUUUCCCUGCUGACUGCACGAGCACAGAUGAAAACCCAUUGAAAUCACAUUAGUUCUGUGGCUGCAUACAAAACAAAGGACCAGCAGAGGCAAGGACAAAGGAUACAAGGCAAAGAGGACAGAGAACCCGCUGUUACCCAGCACAUUGCUAGUAGGGUGCUGCCUAUGUGGCCUUGCCUUGGAGAUGCCCACCACAGGCUGUUCUGGCUCAGCAACAGAAGAGUCCUCCCUUUCUUGCCCCUGCCAUUAGUGGAAAUUUUGCCUUGAAUAGGGACUCAAGUAUUUGCAACUCCAGUGCUAAAAUGCAGUGAGCAUGAGGCACGUCCAUAGGGUCACAGGGCCUGCGUUCUCCCCCAGAGGUGCUUUCAGCCAGUUCAGCUGCAAUGCGGUUCUCAAAACUAGUUCUGGACAGGCAGCAAUUCCACUCAGGAUUCCUACCUGUGAGACCACUAACCAAAAUCAACCCUUCCUCACCAAAGAAAACAGGUCUAAAUGCUACAGCAUCACCUAGGGCCAUCAGCAGGGAGCUUAGUGUUCAAGGCCUGUUUGGUUUGGAGCAGGCUUCAAACUGCAGGUGCACCUUCUUCCCCACUGGCCGGGAGGAGCCACAAGGGCUUCCCACGGAAGCCCUUUAGAGGCACCCAGCAAUGAGACAGGAGGCCCGCCAGGUGCUGCCACUGUGUGCACCUUGCUCCCGGGGAGCUGCGCGGAGCCAAAGGGCUUUGGUGGCAGAGAACAGGAGAGGCCCUGGGUGCAUCCUCCUGGGUUAAAGCACGCCCCUGCAACACGACACUGUGACCCCAGCAGGAAACCCAACACUGUUUGAAGCAAAGAGCACCUGGGCCAGAGGCUCUCCUACACAUCAGGUAGAAGGAGGGUUUCUCCCCUCCCACAAACAAGAUGGGCAAGAGGUAGGUGUCUUUGGCCAUAGGACAACCAGACAAUUUGCCCUGAAAGUGGACCAUCAUUUUGCCUUUCUCCCAGCCUGAGACCUACAGGCAAAAGAAAACUUCCUCACUUGAUCAAGACCUAGACAUCUGCUUCUGGCAGGACACAGUUUUGUGUCACACACAAGGUUAGGCAGCAGAAGCUCACAAAUGUUUAAUUUGGAUGCCUAAUGUGGCAGUUAGGCACGUAACUCCCCAUGUAGCUCUGUCAUAGCUCUUACUUCUUUGCUGGACCAGGGAUCUUGCUGAGAAGGCCAUUAGUAUGUUUUGUGUCCUGCGGAAAAUGACUAUAGAGUAGAGGAGCGCGUUUCUUUUUAGCUCAGGUAUUCAUUCAGAUGGUGUCCUUGGUACAGCAGCUGCAUUUUCCGGACUGUUGUCCUUGCUAAUUGCUCCUUCUUAUAGUGCACUGCAAUUUCAUAACGUGCCUGUAGUUAUCAGCAAAGCCAAUACUAGUACUCACAAACUGUUUUUGAAAACUGCAACCAGCAGUGCCUAAGAUCAUUUUUAACAUUUAGACUAAUUAAUCCUAGUAGAAAAAUUGGAGUUUUUCAGCCUGCAGGCCAAAUAUUUAUUUUCCCUCCGUAUGAUUAAACAAGUUACGGACAGUUUAUGCACUGAGUACAGAUUAGAACAGGUUUAUUUCAAGGCUACAUAAAACGUGUUAACAGACACUUCCAAUGCUGAGAAUGUUCCGGGCAAGAAAAUGUAGAGUGUAACAUUUUUUUAUUGGCUUUUCCAAGAAACUGACGAUUUUAAUAGUAAAACCGUGUGAAUGGUUUCUAAGAAAACAAUGAAAUUUGAGGUAUAAAUCAGCUGAGAGUCUCCAGAGAUUUUCAUUACUUGAAUGGGACAGUAUUGGAAUAUAUACUGUGUAUCACUUGUUACCUUUUCUUUCUUGGAUCACCUUGUACUUAAUUACCAAUUUAUAAGCGUGUUGGACGCUGUGUCUUACAGCUGUGUGGGGAAUACCAUUGUAAGCUUUGAACCUUCACGUACGGGAAACAACUGACACAUGCAUAGAAAUAGCGUGUGUAUUCUCUAUUGCAAGUGUACCCUACAUACUUCCAAAAACGAAUACUGAGAAAGACUUCUGCCUCCUUUUCCUUUUUGCAUUUUAAGAUAAUUACCCUCAUUGUUUUGCUUUAGUAGAUCAAACAAUGCUGAUUCAGCUUUUUACAGCAUGUUUUUGAAAUUAACAACUUGGUUUUACUGGUCUCUCUAAAAAAAAUAAUAAAUCACUUUAAUGGUU